AACAGCUCUGCGUUCGAGUGUUUGACAGAUGUUCAUUCGGAUCAACGGCCCCAUCCAGAGCCGAGGACCGGAGGAGGGAGAGCGGGGCCGCGUUUGGAUUACCCCCCCCCCGGGGCAGAGGACCCAAACAUGUCGGGAGAGAAGGCGACGAGCCCCUGCAACAAAUUUCAAGCCAACAUUUUCAACAAAAGUAAAUGUCAAAACUGCUUCAAGUCCAGGGAGCUGCAUCUGCUGACCGACAACGGCAGGGAGCAGGCGAAGCCCCUGUAUGGAGGCUGGCUGUGUUUGGCCCCCGAAGGCACGGAUUUUGAAAACCCGAUGCAGAGGUCAAGGAAAUGGCAGCGGCGCUUCUUCAUCUUGUACGAAGACGGCAGCCUGAGCUUCGCCCUGGAUGAACUGCCGAGCACUCUGCCACAGGGGACGGUGAACUUGAAUGUGAGCGCGGACAUCGCUGACGCCGAGCCCCGGACAGGCCAGAGAAAUGCGCUGUGCAUCGCCACGCCGGAGCAGGAGAUCUUCAUCCGGGGCGACAACAAGGAGAUCAUCAACGGGUGGACGGAACAACUCGCCGUCUAUUUACGGACCAGCCAGCAGAAUCAGAAGAAGAAACGCAAAGUGGAGCCUGUCGCCACCCAGGAGCCCAGUGCAGCUAAAAUGGCUGCAGCGGAUCCCAGUUCUCCUUCCUUGGGGAACGCUGCAGAGUCCGGCAGCGGUCGGAGGCAGGAAGACCCUCGGCAGGGCGGUGGACCGGGUGAAACCCCCAUAAGGCCUUUCCCCGACUCAGACCCCCGGGGCCUGGAGGAGACCCCUGCAGGCUACCUGAGCCCUGCCUCUUUGGAUUUGGUGACCGGUGGAAACACCGACCUCGCCAGUAGAAACCAGCUGUCCGAGUCAAACAACAUCCAAACAUCAGCCAGGACCAACAACCAGAGCCAAGACAAAAGCCGUGGCGGUCCGACAGAGAGGCUUCUGGGAUUGGAGGCGACUGAGAACGAGCCGGAGGCAGGAACAGCUGUUUCCAGGGUGGGCAGGAGCGAGGCUCGCACCAACGGCCGAGAGAAGCUCCAGUCACGUGGAGACACGGCCCGGCUCGCCGCCCCCCCGCCCCAGAGGAGAGCCAAGUCCCUGGACCGCAGGACCUCCGACACCGUCAUGACGCCCGAUUUAUUAAACUUCAAAAAAGGCUGGAUGGUGAAAUUGGAUGAAAAUGAGCAGUGGAAGAAGUAUUGGUUCGUGCUGUCGAUGGACAGUCUGAGGUGCUACAAGGACUCCGUGGCUGAGGAGGCUUCAGACCUCGAAGGAGAAAUCGACCUGACAAGGUGUUAUAACGUGUCCGAGUACCAAGUGCAGAGGAACUACGGCUUUCAGAUCCACACCCCAAAAGGUGUUUUCACGUUGUCAGCGAUGACCUCGGGGAUCCGUAAGAACUGGAUCCAGGCUCUGAUGAAGAGCGUCCGCCCGGCCAGAGCCCCCGAUGUGGCCAGUUUGCCCGUCCACCGCGGCCCAACCGAAGCUCUGCCCAAACCAGAUGUGACCCGGGACUCCGGCGCCGCGCCCCCCGAGCGAGACCCCCGCCCCGAGCGCAGGACCGUAACCGAGCGGCGGCGGAAGGGACGCUACAAGACCUUCGACUGGGCCGAGUUCAGGCCGCAGGGCAAACAGGCCGCGGACCCCCCGCGGGCCACAGCGCCGUGCUCGCUGGAGAUCGGCGAGCUGGAGAGGAGGAAGAGGAGGGAGGAGAGGAGGAGGAGGUACGAGAGCAUGCUGGGCUUCCCCUUGGGCUGGGAGGCGGGGCCGGAUAAUAAAGCCCCGGGCGCCAGAGCGCUGAGCCCCAAGUCGCAGCGGCGCGUGGAGGAGGAGAUCGAAGAGUGCUGGAGGCAGGUGGAGAAGACGGUGUUCCGGCUGGAGAGGAAGGUGCCGCUGAUCUCUGAAGCCGGAGACUGUGCGGAGGCGGAGAAGCUGCUGGACGGCUACGUGAAGGGGGUGGAGGAUCUGAAGGCCCGGCUGGCCGAGUCUGAGCGACAGCGACUGGACCUGGAGGCCCGGCUGGCUGCAGACGGGUUUUACGCGCAGCAGUCGCAGCCUCUGACCCCCGGAGCAGAUUUCCCUUCGGACAGGAAGGAGCGGCCUCUGAACGGCGGCGGGCCGACCCGUAACGUCGUGAGUCCAGAAGCCAGGGAGCUCCUGCAGCAGCAGAACCUCAUCAACGCGCAGGAGCAGCUCGGCUGUGAGUCGCCGCCAUCCGCGCCUCAGAUGCCCGGCAUCUGGCUGCGUGACACGGAGGGCAACUCGCAGGAGGUGGAGGAGCCGCCUCCUGGGGCAGGAGACGCAGCUCUGUUAUCAUCACCUGCGUCAGGAGAACAAGCGUUAUUCUCUCAGAGCGAGGGACCAACUGCAGGUUCAAACGCUGGAGUCGACAACGAGGACCAGCUGGAUCGAGGCGACAUCGAGCAAGUUCCCAGCCCAGAGAGUCAAACGGAAAACGGGGAGUUCAGUUCGUUAAUCCUGGAGACGCCUUCAGAGGGAGACGACGACUCGCUCGGCUGCUGCGUGGAGCUCCGCUCACCUGCAGACCAGGCGGUGGUGAGGAGGCUUUCGCGAGAGGUGGAGCUCCUCACGGGCCAGAACGAGGCUCUCAACCGGCGCAACCAGGAGAUGCUGAACCAACUGACAGAGGCCGACCGCGAGAUAGAGAGACUGAAAGCGGAGCUCAGCAGCAGGUACACCGAACCCCACCACCUCCCCGAGGUGGAGCAGCUGGGCCGGACAAGGGUGGAGGAUCUGGAGGGCGAGCUGAGCGCCAGAGACCAGCAGCUCCUGGAGGCCCAAACGGUGAUCGCCUCCCUGGAGGAGAACCUGAGGGAGACGGAGGAGCUGCUUCAGCUGAACGUCCCGAGGGAAACGGAAGAGGAGAACAAGGGAUACUUGCUCCGGUGCUUCGAGGCCACCGAGGCCAAGCUGACGGAGCUGGAGAGGAAGCUCGAGCAAUCGGAGCGGACCUGCAUGGAGCUCCACGCGCAGAACGCGGAGCUGAGGGAAGCCCAGGAACGCUGCGGUCGGAGGGCUGCGGAGGCGGAGGCCGACGUCAGGCGGCUGAAUCAAGAGUUGGAGAUGGAGAGGUUGGAAGACGGAGAGGGCAACGCGUGUGUUUCUGGAGAAGAACGGAUCCAGGAAGUGAUAGACGGGAUGGUCGUGAGGUUGAAAGCUUUGGAGAAACUACUGGAGGUGAUAGACAAGUUUGAUUGUGGUCUGAGGAAGGAGGAGGAGGAGACGACGGUGCAGAGUCAGUUGCUGUGGGAGGAAGAGUUUUGGGGUUUUCUGCUCGACAAACUGAAGGCGAAUCGGUCCCAGCUGAAUGAGGAGGAACCGGUAGAAGAGCUUCUCGCUGAGGUGACGGAACGAAUGAUGGCGGAGAAACAGAUGCUGCUUUUAGGCUCUCGUCUGCUCUCCGAGACCUCCGCCGAUGGCGGUUUGAAAGAACUGGACAUUAUCUUGAACAUCGCGAGUGAGACAGAAAGCAACAAGACGGACGGAAGCCGGACGCUUGAUUCGGACCACCAGCUGUACGAGAUGGAAUAUUUUAGAAGCGCCACACGGGUGAAGAUCUCUCUGCUGAACCGCCUCUCCGCCUCCGACGAGAGGCUCCGGCUGACGGCCGACCUGCUCCGCGGGCGGCGCCCGCGCCGCGGCUUUGUCGAGGGCGCGGCGACGGAAGCGCUGUACUGCUGCCGACUGAGCCGGCUCCGCUCAAAGUACGAGAGGCGGCUGGAAGAAACCCGACAGCAGCUGCUCGCCUCCUCCCUCGUCUGCAGCGACUGCGUCGCCUUGUUGGAGGAAAACCGGCAGCUGAGAGAGAAGGUGUCUCACCUGGAGGCCCAGCGGGCGUCUCCGGUGGAUGAGAUGGACGCGUGUUGCCAGACAGAAGAGGCCGACCCUGACGUUGGGUCACGGGUCGCAGAUAGAGGCGUCGCAGAUGACACUGGGGAGGAAGAGGAGGAGAGCCCGGAAACUCCACUUUCAUCUGUCGGAGGUCAGUCGGGACUCGAGGAGACUAAAGAUGGCAACACGGAGAUGGUUUCGGUGCUGAGAAGAAGGGUGGAGGAGCUGGAGGAGCAGCUGGCCGUUAUGGCGGAGAUGAAAGAGGAGCUUGACGGGAAAAUGGGUUCUGAUCGGGCGCAACAUGAGACGGAGAUGGAGAAGCUGAAGGCGACGUGUGAGCGCGGCUUCGCCUCCAUGGAGGAGUCUCACCUGAAGGUCGUGGAGGAGCUUCAGCAUCGACACCGACAGGAAGUGGAGCGCCUCCUGGUGGAGAGAGACGGACUGCUGGAGGAGGAGAGCGCCGCUACGGCGACCGCAAUCGAAGCCAUCAAGAAUGCUCACCGGCUGGAGCUGGAGAAGGAGGUGCAGAGGAGAUGUCAGUCACAGGACACCACAGGAAGCACACACCUGGAGGACGUGCACCGACAGCACAGAGAGGAGCUGGCGUCGUACCAGCGGGAGCUGGAGGUUUUGUCCCAGCAGUUCUCUCUGAAGUGUCUGGAGAACGGACACCUCGUCCAGGCUGUGGACGCCGAGAGGAAGGCCUUGUGUCAGUGCCAGCAGGAGAACCAAGACCUGAGGACCAGGAACCAGGAGUUGAGCGGUCACCUCGCGGCAGAGAUCACCAGGCUCUGUUCCCUGGCGAAGCAGGACGCGCUGCCUCUCAGUCAGGGGAUGGACGUGUACGAGAUGGAGAUCACCCUGCGAGUGAAGGAGUCCGAGGUUCAGUGUCUGAAGCAGGAGAUCACAUCCCUGAGGGACGACCUGCAGGCGGCACAGAGGGACAAGAGGAGCGCCACAAAGAAGUGCAAAGACGUGUACGCGGAGCUGAGCAUCACCAGGGCCAAAGCAGAGAGAGAGAUGGAGGCGCUGAGGGAAAACCUGAGGCUGGCUCAUCGCGCUCUGGACCACAACACACAUUGAAGAAUGUCCAUCAACACUACAUUUUACUGUAACACGGAGAAUUCACCCACUAGAAAGUAUGUUAAUAAACCCUGGAGCCCUCGUACACAAUCUCAUUUCACCUCCUUUUUACGUUCGGUUUUAGAUGUUCAUGUCUUUCUGUUGGUUACACGUUUAGAUCACUUACUUACAUUUUUGACCCUCACUGUCAUUUACAAGUAUUUUCACUUCAACGGUCCGGUGAAGUUAUUUUUGAUAUAUGUGUUUUCCCCAAAGUGAUCUUAAUGUUGCGUAUUAUGUAUAUAUUUUACAUGUACAGUCAUUUUGUUAUUGUAACACUUACCGACGUAUGUGUGUUGCUCUCUAACCUCUGCAGUAUGUGUCGUCAUUAAACUGGUCAUUUUUUUUAUCAAUUAAAUAAAUUAAACUCUUACAGGUACAUUUACUUGUAAUUUAUAUUUGUGAACUGCAGUAUUAAAAUAUAAGUACUUUUUAUUAAUAAAACCAAAUUGGCAGAUUUAACCUACACUGUCAUUUUGAGUUGUUUCAGCGUGGACAUUUAGGGGCACAUCUUGUUUUAUUUUGUUAAUGAGUCGAACUUUGUAUAAGAAAGAUAAAUAAAUCUGUCAAUCUAUGUUACAUUGAUGUAUUCUGGCCCCCUUUCACAGUAUUCAACACUCUUUCAAGAGAAAGAAGAGUCAAGUCAUCAUGAAAAAUAAAGAUAAGCACUGAA